AUGUCAUUAUCAUCAGCAUCUCCACCAACGGCAAAUGAAGAAGAGUCAUCGUCAGCAACAUCCACAGUUUUUAAUGAGAUUUGCAUGGCUUGUAGAAUAGGAGAUUAUGAAGUUGUUGAUUCAUUAUUAUCUACACCUAAUUUGGAUAUUAAUCAAGUUGAUGAGUAUGAUUAUUCACCAUUAAUUUUGAGUUCAUUGUGUGGACAUUAUAAAAUUGUUGAAUUAUUAUUGCAAAGAGGUGCCGUAUGUGAUAGAGAUACUUUUCAAGGUGCAAGAUGUAUUUACGGUGCACUUACUGAAGAGAUAAGAGAUUUGUUGAUCAGCUUUGAUAUUUCGAAAGCUGUCGAUAUUUCGCAACCUUUUGCUUCUCAUAUAUCAUCAUUAUUAAAUCCUUUAGUAUCCAAUUAUCAAGAUUUAAUUAUCCAAAUUGGUAAUGAAAAUUUAAGUUUACAUAGAUUCUUGCUAUCUGCAAGAUCAGACUAUUUUAAAUCAAAACUAGAGAGCGAAUGGGAAGAAUUGACCGUGGUGAAAUUAAAUGAAGCGGAAAUUAAUCCUGUAGUUUUCAAGGGUAUUAUAAAUUACAUUUACUUGAAGUCUGAUUCAAUAGGGAUCGAUGAUGAGAGUAUACAAGAUGAUUUGUUGAACCUCGCUAUAAAAUAUCAAUUGUAUGAUUUAGUUGAAGCAAUUAGGCAAGUUAAACUGAAUAAAUCUGAAUCCAUUUCAAAAUUAAAACAUGAUUUAUCAUUCAAGUUUCUAGAAAAGGCUAGAUCAGAUUUAAAUUACUUCUUAACAAAUAGUAUUAUACAUGGUUCAAUAAAUUCUGAAAUGAAUUUAAAUGAUGAAAUAGAAUUUGAAGAUAUUGAAGUCGAACGAUAUCUACUGGAAAAGAGAAAAUCAAUAUUAUUAUCAAGUAAGUCUAUACCUGAUUUAAUAUUAGCAACCAUAGAUAUAUCAUCAGAGUCUGUUGUUUAUUAUCCAGUAAACAAAUCGAUAAUUUCAAGAUCGGAAUAUUUUGACACUAUGUUCAAAUCAAAUAUAUUCAAAUUUUCACAAGAGGAAGAUUUACCGACUUAUCAACAUGAUACAAAGUUGCAAGUUAUAAAUAGACCACAAUUAUUAGUUGAUAAUUUACCAGUCAUACAACUUUCUUUAAACACAUCAAAUAUAGAAAUUUCUGAAUUAAUACUAACUUAUUUAUACCAUGAUGAUAUUUCAAACAUACCAUUAAAAUUAACUAUUGAUUUAUUGUUUGCAGCUGAAGAAUUAUUAUUGGAGAGAUUAAAAACAAUGUGUGCAGUUAACAUUUCGUCCAAAUUUAAUAAAUUUACAUUUGAAGAAUUGGAGAAAUUACAGGAUAACCUAGAUCAUGAUGUAUUUGAUUUAAUUCGAGUUUCAUGGGAGGCAAGAUGUGAAAAAUUGGAACAACAUAUAACCAAAUUUUUAGCAUAUAAUUUAAAAAGUAUAUUUGAUAAUACAAAUUAUAGAGAUGCAUUUUCAAAAUUAAUUAAAGAGAGUGCUGAAAGAAUCAAAGAAAGACAAGAUACUGAUACAAUUGAAUUAAUUGAUGAUAUAAGAUAUUAUUUAACUAAAAAAUAUGCGAUUAAUGAAGAUACCGAAAGUUUUGAUCCAUUAAAUUUUUCAAGUGAUGAUAAAAAAGACAAUAUUAAGUUAUAUAAUAAUGCAUUAGCUAAAUAUGAAUCAGAUAUUGAAAUAAUUGAUUAUUUAUUACAAGAUUUACAAUUAGAUGCUUAA